AUGUCAGCCGAGUACUACACGACGCCCCUCCCCACCGCGGUGCCCAUGCGGACCGCCAUUGCAAAUCCGACUCGCGUCUCUACUCACAUCAUGGCCGGCGGCAACGACAUGGGCAACGAUGACUGGCAGCACCAGCUGAUUGACUGCUGCUCCGACAAGGGCUGCUUCUCCGACAAUUGCCUCUGCCUCCAAACCUUCUGUUGCGCGCCGUGCGCGUACGGACAGCUCGUCAACCGGAUCAAGACAGGAGUCCCCGGCGACUUCUUUGGUGACUCCUCAGCGUGCGCCACCUUCACCGGCCUCUACUGCAUUCCAUAUGUCGGCUGGAUCGUGGCUGCGGCGCACAGCGCCCAGAUCCGCAAAGAGAUCCGCGCGGCGUACCGCCUCCCGGAGACACCGUGCGGUGACGUCUGGGCGUCCCUGCAGGCGCUCGCUAUGCUGCCCAGCCUGUGGCGCCGGUCCAUGCUUCGCCUCGCCUAA